AUGGAAAACAAAAGCAAGAACCAUCCUCUUUUGCAGUCUUUAAAUCGAAACAAGUUAACAUGUGAACCAUUGCCUCAGAAGCAGAAGAGAAAAUGUCUUACAUUGCAAGAACGUGGAAUCAAGAACAAUGCUGCUCAAAGCUUAGUUUCAAACUUCAAACAUAUCACUGAGGUGAGAAAGGCUGAUGCCUUCUUAAGGAAAAGGAUCAGAGAUGGAGAUUUGCAAGCAAAUUUUCUAUUAGGGCAACUCUACUUUGAAGAGGGGUGCUAUGAAACAGCUCUGGAAGAGUUUAACAAAAUUAAAGAUAAAGACUUCCAAGCUCUCUAUCAGCUGGGUGUGAUGUAUUAUGAUGGCCUAGGCACCAAGGAGGAACCUUCUCUAGGUGUGGAAUAUAUGAACAGAAUUGUAAACACUGAUGACCUGCAGGCAAGCCACUUGAAAUUUGCUGCAUAUUACAACCUGGGCAUUGCUUCCUUUGAAGGAUUUGGAAUCCAACAGUCUGAUUCAGAGGCAGAAAGAUUGUGGCUCCUUGCUGCAGAUGAUGGGAACCCAAAAGCAAGUGUAAAAGCCCAGUCUACUCUGGGAAUGUUCUAUAGCAGACCAGAAUCUCAGAAUUUGCCAAAGGCUUUUUUUUGGCAUUCAGAAGCCUGUGGCAAUGGAAGUCUCGAGUCUCAGGGUGCACUGGGUUUAAUGUACCUCACCGGACAGGGUAUUCACAAGGACGUACAAUCAGCUUGUGAAUGCCUGAAGGAGGCGUCAAGCAGAGGCAAUGUUUAUGCUCAGGGUCACUUAGCCGCUUACCUGUACAGUCGUAAAAUGUACAAUAGUGCUGCUGAACUUGCAUACAGGGUUGCCCAGUAUGACAAUAUCCCUUUAAUAGCAAAGGAAACUGAUUGUCUACCAUCUUAUAUAGCAAAGGGUAUCGCCAUAGCUGCUUUCUACUAUGGGAGAUGUUUACAGCUGGGUUUAGGGACAAAGCAGGAUCAAACAGAAGCCAGAAAAUACUUCAGCAAGGCAAUUAACAUGGAUCAUGAUAUGGCAACUGACUUGCAUUUUCAAGUUAUAAUGGAAAGACUUUGA